CCGUUGUCCUUCCGCCCGCCCGGAACUGAAGUGCCGCGGCAGCGGUGUUCGGCCGGGACGAAGGGUGUGCACGGCGAUGGCGGCGGCGGCGGCUGGCCGGGCGGGCCUGGGGCUUGCGGGCGCCGGGAAGGUGCUGGGGAAGAGCAUGGAGGGGAUGGCGUCCCCGGUGUGGGUUCGUUGUCUCUUUACCAGGUCCAAUAUUCCAGACUCGGUAUUUCAGCCACGACCUGGAGAUCAUGAAAAAUAUGGAGGUAACCCUGAGGAGCCCCACAAAAUCCAUGUUAUCACCAGAAUAAAAAGUGUCAUUGGUCGCCCAUAUUGGGAAAAGAAGAUAAUCCGUGAUCUGGGACUGGAUAAAGCACAUCAGCCAAGACUGCACAAAAAUAUCCCUUCUGUGAACUCCAGACUGAAAGUCGUUAAACAUCUGAUAAGAAUUCAGCCACUGAAGCUUCCCCACGGGCUGCCAACAGAAGAGGAAUUGUCCAGCACCUUUCUGACAAGCAGAGGAGAGCUUAUCAUUAAAAAGCGUCUGAAACCUGUGGAGCAGAAAGAAAUUAAAGCAUAAGCAACUGGACAGCAUCUUGUGGUGCAGUGUGUUAUGACUGCAGUCUCUGUGAGGUGUUGAUCAUAUUCCCACAGGAAGGUACAAGCUGGAGUUUGAGCCCUCUUGAAGGAUAUAUGUACUGCAUCCAAGGCACAGGACAUUCUUUAAAAAGAUGGUGCAAGUACUAGGACACAGAAAAUUAGGCAAAUGGAUCUUGCUGCUGGUAGAUAACAAAUAAUAAGACUUGUGGCUGGAUCGGUGUCCCGGAGCACCAGGGCUGGCUCAGCCUUGCCGGGCACGUUCGGGGUUCACGUCCGUGGCGCUGCAGCCUGGGGAGCUUCCAGCAGAGGGCUCUGCCAGCUCCAUCCCACCCGCUCUAUGUAUGGAUGCGCGUGUGGAUCUCUGGCGCUGCAGCCUACAGAAGUGCUGCAGGGUAUCCCGGAGGGCCUGUGUUAAUGAAAAGGCUUGGUACCGUUCACAGUUGAAGAAGUGUCUGAUAAACUAUGGACACUGCAGGCUCCCACAUAGAGAGAAGGCAAAAUACACAGUAGCUGUUAUUUCUGAGUAAGAUGCAGCAGCAAGAGGUCUUUACAGAGAUGUUUAAUUGACAAGCUGACAGUUCCAGUGAAAAAGAAUUUUUUUUUUAAACUUUUUAAUAUAUGUGUACGUUUGGGUGUUUCUGAAAUGGUAUUUCCCCCAAGGGCCCCCACUCUUCCACAGUUAGUCUGCUAUCCCAAACCUUCUCUGUUUGAGCAUACAUGCUCUCAAGAUUUGCUCUCAGACCCUAAAACCUGAACCAGCAGCAUGCACAAACACAGCGUGUGCCCACACCCUUUCAGUAAUGGAGCUUUGUAAUGCUCCAUAUAGAUCUUUGUGAAGCACAGGUAAGAAACUUUUUGUUCCCUUUUUGUGUAGGGGACAGACUGACUUAGGAAGAUUGCAAAAUUCAGAUUGGAAGGUACCUUUCUGGUCUCUAGUCCAACCUCCUGCUCAACACAGGGCCAGAUGAGGUUGCUCAGUGGGUGUUGAAAGCCUCUGAUGGGGACAGCUCAGGCUCUCUCCAGAGCUGGCACUGCUGUUUUGUACAGCUGUUAGACAUGUGUAUUAACAGAUAAAACAUAAGGUGGGUAAAAUCUUGUUAAGUAGUGUUACAACUUCCCUGCAGCAUUAAUCUGCUGCUUGAGAAACUGCAGGCACAGAUGAAAACUCUGGAUAUUCUCAUGAUGAAAGAUAAAAAUUAAAGGCAAAGGGUAAGUUACAUUUUGAACUGUUAGCUGUGUUAUCUUUUAAGUUUUUUUUUAGCCUUAGCUGGAAAAAAUCCCAUUGCAAGUUUGUUCUUCUUCCUGGCUUCAUUGUCCUACCCCAUUCUUACUGUGUCUGGAGGAGAAAUUCAGAAUGUUUUAAAUUAGAAGCAAAGUAUGAAAUCAGGGCCUCAAAUCUAAUCAUUACUCAGAGAUAUCAAUGUCCAUUAUUUCCUAUAAAACCUGGCUCUUUGGUACUUGCA